CAGGCGCUGCUGGCUGAAACUGAAAGUAUAACCGGCACGACAGUGAUUUCCGAGAAGUGAAGUGUGUUCGUGUAACACUGUACCCUGCACUCUUCUCCCAUAUUAAGAUAGAUAACCUAAAGACACACUGAGCUCUCGUAUUGGCUGAAGUCAGAUGUGUUAAUGUAAUAGUUUGAGCUUGUCUCCUUAGCAAAAUAACGAGUGUUUGCCAACCUUCAUACAACACAAGGAGGAAGACGAAGAUAGCGAGUUCGAACUGCACUGUGACUGCUUGUGUGCUUCGUCCACUGUGCCGUUUGGUUAAAACCGGGUAACUCGGAUGGCUCUCUCCAUGCAGGCCCCGGUGUGUCUGGUUGAUAACGGGCCUGACGGGCACAUGCGUGUCCAGCAGGAGGCGCUGCAGAUCCUGGAGCAGAUCCAGCAGCCGGUGGUGGUGGUGGCCGUGGUGGGGCUCUACCGCACGGGCAAGUCCUACCUCAUGAACCGGCUGGCCGGCAAACACACAGGGUUUGCCCUGGGCAGCACCAUUGAGUCCAAAACCAAAGGAAUCUGGAUGUGGUGUGUACCUCACCCCUCUAAACCAGGAAACACCCUUGUCCUGCUGGACACAGAGGGACUGGGAGAUGUAGACAAGGGAGACCCCAAGCAUGACACACAGAUCUUCUCUCUGGCCGUCCUGCUAAGCAGCACUCUGGUUUACAACAGCAGAGGGACCAUCGACAACAGGGCUGUGGAGGACUUGCAAUAUGUAACUGAGCUGGCUGAGUACAUCAAAGUGAAGUCAUCUGAUGCAGGCCGAGACGAUUCUGAGUUUGUCAAGUUCUUCCCCAGCUUCAUCUGGGCCGUGAGGGACUUCACUCUUGAGAGGAAGAUCGACGGCAAGGAUGCAACAGAGGAUGAAUACUUAGACUUUGCCCUGAAGCUGAAACCUGGUAACUCUAAAAAGGUAAAUGACCACAACCUUCCUCGGGAAUGCAUCCGGAAGUACUUCCCAUCCCGGAAGUGUUUCACCUUCCCAUUCCCCAGCCGCCCGGAGGACGUGAUCCGUCUGGAGAGCUUGUCCCAGUCGGAGUUGGCCCCAGCAUUCUUGGAGGUCACGGAGCGCUUCUGCACCUUCGUCUUCGAUCAGAGCCCUGUGAAGCAGCUGAAGGAUGGACACACUGUCGACGGCAGGAUCCUGGGGCACCUGAUGAAGAUGUACGUGGAGACCAUGUCCAGCGGGGGAGUGCCCUGCUUGGAGAACGCAGUGGUUGCCAUGGCGCAGAUUGAGAAUGAGGCUGCUGUGAAGGAGGGUCUGGAGGUUUACGAGAGCGGCAUGGCGCAGCUGACCGCCUACUUCCCCGUGGACCUGCGUGACAUCACCGCCGAACACCAGCGCCUCAACAGCCUGGCAACGGAGGUCUUCAUCAAGCGCUCCUUCAAGGAUGACGAGGGGAAGCACAUUAAGUCUCUGGAGGAGGCUGUUAACGAGCUGUUUAGUGGAUUCCUGCAGCAGAAUGAGGAGGCCUCGGCCCUGAUCAGCAAGGAGGUCCUCACAGGUCUCUCUGCUCCACUGAGGGAAAGACUCCAGCAGGGAUUCUACACGGCAGCUGGAGGAUACCAGCUCUACUGCCAGGACAUGGAAGACAUCGUGGUGAAAUACAAAAGCCAGACCCACCUGGGAGUCAAGGCUGAAUAUGUGUUGGAGGAGUUUCUGAAGCAGAGGAAGGAGGAGUCCUCAGCCAUCCUGCAAGCUGACCAGAGUCUCAGCGACAUGGAAAGACAGAUCUGCGAGCAGCGUGAGAGAGCCGUGAUGCUGGAGCAGGAGGUGAAGGCUAACGAGGAGCGUCAGCGUCAGCUGGAGGAGCGCAUGCGUGCGGAGCAGAGGAGUAAUGAGGAGCGCAUGCGCCUGGUGCUGCAGCAGAUGGAGGAGGAGAUGGAGGCCCAGCGCAAAGAGGCACAGCGUGCUACAGAGAGCCAGCUCCGUGAGCAGGCCGCCCUGCUGCAGAGGGGCUUCCAGGAGAAGGCGGAUCAGAUGGGCCGUGACAUGCGAGCGGCCCAGCGGAGAGCCGAGGAGGCGCAGCAGGCCAAGAGCCAGGAGUUCACCCGCCUGCUGGAGCAGCAGGACCGGCGCCACAACGAGGCCAUGGCCAUGAUGAGGCAGCAGAAUCAGGCCAUCCAGAACCAGAGACCAAGAGGAGGAGGAGGAGGCUGCUGCAUCCAGUAACCACCACCAUCACAUCAUAUCACCGUUAUCCAAUGAGUUCGUCCCAUCUCUCCAUUUCUCCAAUGAGCUCGUCCCAUCUCUCCAUUUAUCCAAUGAGCUCGUCCCCUAUUUCUCCCCUUAACAGUUGCAGGGAAGCCUGUCAUCCCUCACCUGGACUGUGUGCAGUGUCUAUUUGUACUUCACAGACUUGUGUUUACAGUAACUAUAUUAUUAUUAUAUUAUAUUAUAUUAUAUUAUAUUAUAUUAAAGUGUAAGUUCAGUGUAAAUUGACCCACAGUCCUGUUGUUCAAGCUCAUCACAUGCACCCCAUAGGAAAAAGAAUGAGACAAUUUGGGACAACAUGGGCCAAGUUAUGGACAGGCAGCUUAAAGCAGACCCAUGGGCCAAGUUAUGGACAGGCAGCU